AUGUUGCCAUUUGUGCGCCGUAGUUGUGGCAUAUCUUCAAGGAUUCCAGAGGUCAGAAAAAUACAUUAGGGAGGUUUUCCUACUAAUAUACAUUCUUCAUCUUAUCUAGUAUACUAGAUGUUAAAGCUUGCACUAGAAAUGCUCCAUGGUCGUUUUAAUUUUACAGGCUUUGAAAUGGACCAGACAUAUCCCCGUUGUCGGAACUAGUAUUACUAGAAGUUAUGCAACUGAAGGUAAACUAGCUGUUAGUUAAGCUUAUAUGUGAUCUCUAUAGUUAUGCCUCAAGUUUAUAUAGUAUGUUGCUAAUUCAAGUUUGACUUGUUACAACUAAGCUUACGUAAUGUCUGCUGGCUAGAUAUUGGAAUAUUCAGGCACUUUUCUGGGUUCAAUUUAACGAAACCUUUACAAGUGUAAUUUACCAGUGUAGUUAAUUUAUGAGACUCUAAAACAACAGCUGCACUUGUAAAUUACAUUUGUAUAAGUUUUUUUUAAACUGACCCUCGGAAUGCUAGCUGCCACCCUGGUCCAUGGCCGGGUGUCAUGCUUUUUCAAGCAACUACUACAGACUUGGUGGCUACAUUUACAGCCUUUUUGUCAGUCUAAUCAAACCCUUCCAUCUCAUUGUUGUCCGUCCACAUCAUGACUGUGCUGUUGACCACAGUGACAGUUGCAUCUAAUUCUUCAAUGGCAUCUUUAGUCAUCAAACAUGGGGCAGCAGAUAGGUCAAAGUAGGAAGUAAUGAAGCUGACUAGUGGCUGGGUAUUCUAGAUUCUUACUUGGAAACUGGAUCACAUAUUUUAUGAGAUGAUAUCUUGUGAUGAUUGCCUUAUAGGGAAGAAGUGGGGGUGCAGGUUAUUUUUAGUGAGGGGAGGGGUUAUAUUUCACUCAAACUAGGAGCAUAACAGGAGACCAAUCCAACUGACUGUUUUGACUGUUUUUUGUUUUGUUUUUGUCUGUCCAUAUCCCAGGGGGGAGGUUACUCAACAAAUUUUCAUAUGGGGAGGCUCCACCCAGAGGUCCAACCCCUUACCCUAUUUAGAUACCAUUCUUCACGAAAAAGUUACCCCUUUCGUAUACCUUCUAUUGACAAAUGGCACCCCUUUCACAUACCUCAUUUAGAACUUUGCAUCCCUUUCAACUGCUGUAAAUGCAUUGUCCUUUAAAUAGGAAUUCAUCACAAAAAUAGAACAUUUUCCUGAUUUUAUAAAGCCAUAAAAUUCAUCUGUCUGGCCCUUUGGGUCCUUUCACAGACCCAAAUGACAGAUUUUCCUACCCUUUCAUAUACUUCAAUGAGUAAAAUCCCUGCCCUUUCAUAUACCUGAGGCCUGAAAAAGGUACCCCUUUCGGGCGGAGCCUCCCCAUAUGGGCCAUUAUAGGGUGUACUGCCCCCCCUCUUCCUGGGUCCAUAUUACCUGGUAGUUGACUUUUUGCCUGGGAACCUUUCAUUCUUCUUUUAACUGACUUGGCUGUGAAUUGACAGAUUUGGGUUUUCUUUUUGGUGACCUCAUAAUAAUUUUAUUGUUAAGAAGAGGUUUCUUUAAGAAGCCUCUGACCUCUGAACACCUACAUUUCUUUAUUUCUUUGAAGGUGAAGUGGAUCUUGUGGUGAUUGGCUCUGGUCCAGGAGGAUAUGUAGCAUCAAUUAAGGCAGCUCAACUUGGAAUGAAGGUACGUGUUGAUAGCAUGAUAAUAUGCUGUAUAUGUUGUGGUUCAAUUUUAUCCUUGGUUCAAAUUUUCUUUUCUUUUUUUUUGGGUAUGGUAAUGUAUGAUAAUAACAUGAUAAUGAGUUUGAAACAAAAGGAAAGAAAAUUUGAACCAAGGAUAAAAUUGAACCACAACAUAUACAUGCUUAAUAAAGUCUAGUUUGUACUAGUGACACAAGCAAAAAAACAAGCAAUUAAUUUUUUACAUAGAAAAUGACCUAGAUGCAAUUAAAAACUAGCACAGUCAUGCACAAGAAUCAAAAUUUCUCAAAAAAACUUUUCCCCAAAUUAAGGCGAAAAGCAAGAGAACUGCGGAGGAGAGGAAGUGACAGUAAAAGAUGGGGAGGCAGGGAUCUUUUUUGUUUUUGUCGAAAAGUUUACACUCGGCCACAUCCAAACUUGCAGAGCCUUAAUUUUGCAUUAACGGAGCAAAAGUCAGUACAUGUUUAGCUAGUGUUUGAUGUUUUGGUAAGUUGUGGUUCUUUUUGGACAGAUAGUAGCCAAAAACUGGCUUGACUAGUGUCAAAUUAAGUUUUAAGGCAAAAUUCUCAGCUCAAAUGGGUUAAUCUUAGCUUUUCCUCUUUUUACAGACUGUGUGUAUAGAAAAAGAAAAGACUUUAGGAGGAACAUGCCUGAAUGUUGGCUGUAUACCAUCCAAGGUGAGAAACAGUUAUUUGUGGUAUGGCUCUCCUGUGAACCAGGACCAGCUUGUUAUUCUUCUUCAGGAACAGCCAAUUUCACCAGUUAUUUAUCAAAUGUAACACAGCUAAUCAACUCAGCAAACUCAAAAUGGUGAAUGUUCCUUGCAAAUGUGAUUCUGAGCAUCACCUAAGGACACAAAUGCAACAAAAAUGUUUUCUUAAUCUCUUUUAGGCAUUGUUGAACAACUCACACCUAUACCACCAAGCAAAGGCAGAUUUUAAAAACAGAGGAAUAGAGGGUAAGUACCAAAUCAAAAUGUUCUUUAUUAUUUACUUGUUUAUUUUAUGGCAAUGUACAACAAAUAUUUGUUUGUUCAAUUCAUGCUGGCUGCCAGCUGCAAAAAAAAGAUUGUUGCUAUUAUAUAUUUAACAAUAUUUGUGAAAAGUAAUCCCCCCUAUUGACUUGACUUCAAAGACAUCCAUUGAGAGAAGGAAUCCUAACUCAGUAGGCUUCUCAUCCACAAAAUCGUUUUUAGGGUGGGAAUUGGGACUGGAGGCUGGGAGGUCCAGGGGCAGAAUUUUUUUUCCUUUCUUUCUUCCAUUUUUUCUCUCAAGCAGCAUGGCAUAGUAUUGACAGUAUGUAAUAAUUUGAUUUGCUUUUUAUAGUGGGUGAAGUGAAAUUAAACCUAGAGAAGAUGAUGGAACAAAAAUCAACAGCUGUAAAGACACUAACAAAUGGAAUAGCCCACUUGUUUAAACAGAAUAAGGUACUGUAUUGGCUUUGCCUCCCAAUAUAUUUUAUCUCAGAAGUUUUUUUAGUGUUGGCGUAAGGUUCUGGGCCAAUAAUUUCUACCUUCAGAAUGAACCUGCUUUUUUUUAUGAAUCAUUUCCUGUUUUCCUUGCAGGUUACACGAGUUGAUGGACAUGGUUCAAUUUCUGGACCAAAUGAAGUGCGUAAAGUUUCUUUUUUUUUGUAAUCAAGGCUGUAUUCUAGCAGAGCCCUGUGGCUCCUGGUGCCUAACUUUUGCUCUCGGGUGACUAGAAAAUCUUAGUUUUUCCAUACAAAUAAUAUGCUUGGCACCCUGGAUUUUACAGAUGCACUGCACUUGGUUCCCUUCAAUUUUCCUCAGAGCACCAAGUCUUGCUAAUGCAAAUUAAAUUGAUUUUUUUUCUCAAAUUAUGUAAAAGUUGAAACUGAUUUGAAUAUUGUCAAAGAAAGUUGUGUUGUAAUGUAAAUCUCAUAAUUUUUUUUUCAUUUUCAUUGUGGGACCUUGUUAAAUAAUCAAUGUAACAAUUCAGCGGAUCACAGCCUGUUUUGUUUUUCACUCCUGUUUUGUGAGAUGUGGAUGUUUUUCAAUCUGUAGGUCACUGUAUAUAAGGAAGAUGGAAGCUCAGAAGUAAUUCAGACCAAAAAUAUCCUGAUUGCUACUGGAUCAGAAGUUACGCCUUUCCCAGGAGCUGAGGUGGGUUGUUCCCUGUGAUCCUAUUUAACUAACAAAAAUAUAUUUUUAACUUUCAUGUUGUCGUUUCCCUUUCAGGUUGAUGAGAAAGUAAUAAUAUCAUCCACUGGUGCUUUGUCCCUGAACAGAGUUCCAGAAAAAAUGAUUUUGAUUGGUGCUGGUGUGAUUGGUGUCGAAUUGGUUAGUACAUUUUUGUCAGUUAUGGCAAUUUGUACAGCAUGUAGAACAUCGUAUUGCCUUCUUUGGUUUCCGGAGAGGUCUCAGCCAUACAUUCACAAAAAAGAGUUUUCAGUAGCCAUCAGGAAUUGGCAGCUGUUGGUUCUUGCCAUAUUAUAUAUAAUUAUGUUAUUUUUUUAUAACUUUUAUAACUCUCUAGUUCUUCCAUUGAGCACUUUGCCAAUAGGUGUGAGACAGUGCAUAUCAACUGGUAUAUUAUUAUUUUUUAAAUGCGUUUUUGUCUAUUUACCACUUAUUUAUGUUGUGGUUAAAACAUUUUGCUAGCAAGGUAAUAUUGUAUAUGAUAAACAGUUUGAAACAUGGGAAAAUAAAUGUGAUUCUCGGGAGAAAACUGAACUACAACAUAAACAAGACUGUUCUGUUGUAUUCAGGUGGAUUAUGUAUCCAUCCCAGAAUAAAUGGGAUAUUGUCAAGGUUACCACUCAUGGUGUUCUAUUCAACAUUAUCCUUAGGCUUGAAUUUCUGUAGUCUGUAGAGAGUGUUAUAUUAUCAAGUCAAGUGUUCUGUUAUUGAUUGUUAGGGUUCAGUUUGGUCUAGACUUGGAUCAGAGGUUGUAGCUAUUGAGUUUCUGGGACAUAUUGGUGGCCUUGGCAUUGACAUGGAAGUCUCGUAAGUUCAUCGUCUGUUGUAAAAUUAUUGCUUUCCUUCUAUUUUGGAGAGUUGUUUUGGUCUCUUAGGUGCCAAACCUUAUGCAGUUCCAGAUAACUCUGUUCCAAUGACAAUUUUCUGUUUCCAUUUAGUGCAUGUAGUAAAGAACUCUGACUGUACAUGUGAAUGAUUUGAACUCAAAAGCGAUGGGGGUGUCGUAAAAAUUCCAAUGAUGAUAAUUCAAAAUUACUUUCAUCUAGGUGAGUGAAGUUUGUUAACACUGGAUUUCACUGGUUUUGAUUUUGCAGGAAAAAUUUCCAGAGAAUCCUACAGAAACAGGGAGUGAAGUUUAAACUUAACACAAUGGUUACAAGUAAGUAGAGUAGAACAUGUAUUAGUAGCAACUCCCAAAAUCAGGUGAUAAAGAUCCUUAUUUGGUUCUCCUGCUAACCCUCCCAUUCUCUCGUCUCCUGCCUCUCGUACCCCUCCCACCCCUGGGCUUCCACCCCCCUGUCCUCCCCCCACGACCUCUUACACAAGGACUUCAUUAGUUGUGUCCUUAUGGGUAACUUGAAACCUAAGUCCCUUUUAAGUAACUUUGAUAUUUUGUUGCAAAUGAGCGUUGAUUUGUUAAUUCCCUUUAAUAACCUGAUUGGACUUUUAUUACAGGUGCUGUUAGAACAGAGGGUGGAAUCAAAGUCAGGUGAGAACUAUGUCUUUGUUAUACAUUUUUUAUUCCAUUUAGCUAUAUUUUAGAGUAAUUGUUUUAUCAUUGUUAUCAGGAGCAGUGGCACUUGGUGGCACUGCAGUGUCACCAUAAUCAUCAUCAUCAUCAUCAUUAUCGUGAUUGUUGUCGUCUUCACAACCAUCAUUAUCAUCAUCAUCAUCAUCACCAGAAACAUCAUUGACACCAUCAUUGUAAUUGCCAUGGUGAUCACUCUUGUCAUUGUUGUUGUUGUUUAAAAUUUAUUAUUAUAAUUUUUUGUUGUCUUUGUUACCAUUUAAUUUCAUUAGAUUUUCCUGUUUUUUGCAGUGUGGAAUCAGCAAAGGAUGGCUCCAAGAAAGAAGAGGUAUGAAUCAUAAAAUAUUCUCUGAUAGUGUUGUUUGGUGAUUCCUUUUUCUUCUGUUUCUUGUUGUUAUGUUCACUUCUCAAAGUACCUAACUGGAGAUGUUUCCAUUUUUGUCCCACAGAUUGAAGGAGAUGUUCUUUUAGUUUGUGUUGGAAGACGGCCUUACACGAAAAGAUUAGGACUUGAGGCAUGUGUUAUGCAAUACUGUUAAACGAAACUAUAUGCACUUUCAUAUUUUUCUAAAAAUAGUAAAGCAAGAAAAAAUGCGAUCGCAGAGAAUUUGGGGUGUUCCUGGUUGAUCUAAGAUGUCUUUUUCCUUGCGGUAAUUUCUUAGUACAUUUAAAUUAUUAAUUUCUUUUUCUCUUAGAAAGUUGGAAUUCCGCUAGAUCCGCGUGGCCGAGUUGUUGUCAAUGAAAGAUUUCAGACUAAUGUCCCAAGGUAAGUCGCAACAUUUUGUGUUUAUCACUUCCUCAUGGAGCUCCUUGGGGACUUCCCUAGUCCGCAGUUUUUCCUAAAUCAUCCUAAACAACAGCUAUAAGACCUUUUUUUAAGUUGUGAAUAAUGUGGACGCUUACAGGUAAUACCUCCCCUUCUAGAGAUUGGAAAUUGAAGUGGAACAGACACUAACCACAAGGAGAUGUUCUCAGUGGUGGACUUUUCAAGGCUGUCAUGUUAGAUUUUAAGCUAGUCAGCCCCUGGAGAAGGGCUUUAAUUUAUCGCCUUAUCAGCAGAGAAACAAACCAUUCCUUUUGUCGGGGAUGUUGUUUGUUUCACUCUGCAGACUCAAAUUGUUGGAUUUGCAUCUUAGAAACGUACUUUUUGGUUUUGGCAUUUAGAUAUAGGCGUAUAGGUAUGUUAGAAAUGUAUGAUAGUGUGCCUGUCAUGUAGCCAUGGCAUUUCGCCCUGUGAUGCUUGGACUGUAUUAGUCUGGUAUAAAAACGGUAAAUAAGAAAGACGCAUUUAACGUCUGACGACUUUAACGUCUUGUUUUCACUGCGUCAUUCAGACGCACUUAACAGACGACUUAAACGUCUCAGACGUUAAAUGCGUCUAGUAUGCAAACGGGACGCCGUAAACUGGGACGCAUUUAUGCCCAGCUCGUCCAGAAACGACCUGAAAUAGUCAGUGUUUCGUCUUUCUUUAUAAAAAUCCGGAUUUUUGUUUACACCGGUGUCGUCUGCUUUUUUGUGUCCCGUUUUUACAUUAGGUCGACUUUAACGUCCGUUAAAUGCGUCUUGACGAAUUUAGAUUCUCUUGAAUAAAAAUGGUCGAUGUAAAUUAAUUCUUUCGUUUUAUUGUGAUUGUUUUCAGUAUUUAUGCUAUCGGUGACUGCAUUCACGGACCGAUGCUGGCACACAAAGCUGAAGAUGAAGGUGAGCACGAAUUUGGUAACAUCUCUUCCUCCACAGACUGAGUAUUAUUUUAUUACUGUGGCUAAGAACAUCAUAAAAACUUAACCAAAACACAGUUUGAAUCAUUUGUCCAAGAACAACAAUGGAGGUAACACUCAAGUUUCUUUCGCGCGCUGUUUGCUGAGUCAGCGCGUCCUUUACGCGGGAAAUUUCACAGCCACUCUACUUACUGGUUGCUUUAUCUUGGUAAACAUUUCGGAAAACGGCAUGGAGAGCACGUGUGGCGCAGUGGUGAGACCACUUACCCCCCCUCCCCCACCAAUGUGGCCCGGGGUCAUAUCCCGGCUUGACGUCGUAUGUGGGUUGAGUUUGUUGUUGGUUCUCUCCCUUGCUCCUAGGGGUUUCCCUCCGGGUACUCCGGUUCUCCCUUCUUCUCAAAAACCAACACUUCCAAAUUCACAUUCGAUCAGGAAUGGACGGACACGUUUAAACGGGUUCUUAAUAACUCCUUUGUGCUUCGUGGGUAAACAAAUUACAGUUACAAUGUCAUGUCUUCUCCUUUGCACUUUUUGACUUUUCCUUGCUUGGGUCCCAGGGCACAUUCAUCUCAGUAGGAUUUUGAGCCGGUAAAGCGUUAUUUGGCCACGGGAGAGAGCCAACUGUAGGACGUUAGUUUUCUUUCUGACACCGACUAAAAGAAAGCCAUGUCAGGCGAAUUUCUUUGUCUUCAAGCUGUCCAAAAACUCAUUCACAUAGUCUUGAAAGGUGACCUAGAGAUAGCCUGCAUAGCAGGCGCUUGCAAGUUAUGGGCGCAAGAGAGAGAACGGGGCGCGCGAGGGAGACAUCCGAGGCGCCCAUUACGUAGGCUUACUUAGAGCCCAAGUUACCUUGAAUAAUUGUUUUUUCCCUGCAGGUAUAAUCUGCGUAGAAGGCAUUGCGGGCGGCGCGGUACAUAUUGAUUAUAACUGUGUCCCAAAUGUGAUUUACACACAUCCUGAGGUGGCUUGGGUUGGAAAAACAGAAGAAAUGCUAAAAGAAGAGGUAUGGCUUUCUUCUUUGGAAAGAACCAGAACGCCGUCUUGCUUUCUUUUUUCCUUCUUUUUGAGAGGGGGCGGGGGCAUUUGAAGUCAACUUUCGCCUUAGUCAAACAUUAUUCAUUAAUUAAUUGUGCUGGUGGAAAAUAUUGACUAUCAAUAGAUAACUCUAAUGUGUCCUUCUGAAGUCGUAUAUAGCCAGCCAAUGUCUAAUUACAUUGCCCUGGGGCUAUGAGAAGGAGAAUUCAGAUUUUACCAUUUAAAAGUGUGUUGAACCUGCCAUUUCGAGGACUGGGUCGGUGCUGUUUCGAUUUGAACUUUGUGACUCUUUUUGGGGACGAAUUUUGACCCAGCUUCCUGUGUGUCCCUAAAACAACCCCAUAGUACAGUGCGACCUAGCCUGCGUGGCAGGCGUUUGAAAGGGUAGGGAAAGGGGGUUUGGGGCGCGAGGGUAACGCGAGGGCCUAAAUCUCCCUUUCCCUUCCCUUUCAAACGCCUGCCACGCAGGCUAAGUGCGACCAAACACCAGUCACGCAACGCUCAUGGGUGGAGCGUUGCAUGACGGAAACGGCUGUAUAGCAGACUAACCAAACACUAGCCAGCCCCAAAAGCUGCCCCAAGAUCGCCAAUGGAAAAAGGUGACGUGGGUGACUAAGUCUGCCUGUUUCAGUCCUUAAAAAAUUAUUCCUUGGUGAAAUGCUUUUCAACUGACCUUACACCUUUGAACGUGCUGCGAUUUUUUUCAGGGCGUUGCGUACAAGAUUGGAAAGUUCCCUCUCUCCGCAAACAGCCGCGCUCGAACAAACGCCGAAAUAGAUGGUAUUGUGAAAGUGCUGUCUGACAAGGAGACUGACCGCCUUCUGGGAUGUCACAUGAUCGCGCCCGCUGCUGGAGAACUGAUCAACGAAGCCACACUUGCAAUGGAAUAUGGGGCAUCUAGCGAGGACAUUGCGCGCGUGUGUCAUGCUCACCCGGUAAGAACCAUUUUUAGAUGACAGGGACAAAACCAAAAUUUUGUCAGUUUGUCUUUAAAACUUUUUCUUUCAAACAAUUUGUAGAUAUUAUUAUUCCGCUCGUAGAAAUCGCCGUGUUGGUGAGAGAGGCUUAGAAUCACGUUUUCGGCAAACGAUAAACGUUAGAUUCAAGUUGACAAAUUCUUAAAUUUGGAAAUGAGUGUUUAAAAACUGCCCGAGAUAUGAAACUACCUUCCUACUUCUGUUGAUAUAUAAUCAACAGUUAAUAACGAGUAAAGGUGAGAUUUGGGCACGUGAUACAAACUGCCUUUUUCCAAAUGCCUUAGGCGUGCUUCCAAAUCCUUUUAAUGGAAUCAGCAUUUGAGUAUGUGAACGACACUCAAAGUGUAUCCGUUAAAAUAAAAGCUACUGAGCAGUACUUUCCUCAAUCCUAUUGUCCUAGUAAUUGCUUUCAUUUUUUCGCAUCGUCUUCGGUAUCGUUCUAGUCUGUGGCUAAAGUCCUACAGUGAGGGCAUUCAAUUGAAAUGAGCAAUUGUACUUUCCUUUACUGCUGUUUAUUAUGUUGUGCAGACAACCUCGUCCCCAGGGCGUCCCACCUCCAAAGCCAGGUAAAAGCGCCCUGGGGACGAGGUUGGUUGUGCAGACCAAUUUCUACGUAUACGCCUGUGAGUAAACUAAGUCACUGAGCAGUAUUAAUUUUUUGUACUAACUGCGUACUUUUUUGAUUGCAGACUGUGUCAGAGGCGUUGCGGGAAGCUAACAUUGCAGCAUACGCAGGAAAAGCUAUUAAUUUUUAGAAGAUCACAGUGCAUCAUGAAAUGUCAAUGUGGAAACUUCGCUUGUGAAGUGAUCCUAUGUCAUAUGAACUCGAGAGAAAGAUAAGACAGCCAACCCGUGAAAACGUUGUACAGUUUUUUUAUUUCAUAGCUAGCUUGCUGUUAUCGCAAGAGUGAAGAAGUCUUAAAAUUAUCAAAUAGCAGAUCAGAAGAAAAGUUUUAAGGAAAAGAAUAAAAGCGGAG